UCUUCCGCAAGUCUAGUUGCCCCUUCUCGUGCAACUGCCUGCCCACCUACUGGUAUAAAUGCCUGGCAUCUGUCCUACCUAGUAGGUGGGCAGACACAAGACUACUUUCAACCACUUGAAGUAUUGAAUCUCUUAAAUCUCUGAACAUCAUGAUAGUAUGGUGCCCGACAUACAUUCACUGGACGACAAUCGCGAGACCGAGCAUCAGCUCUCUUCUAUUCGCAACGAACUCGAUGAGUCAUGGACAUCCACCACUACCAUGUCCACCAACCCUCGCCUUGUUUCCUGUCUCUCUAGCGAAGCGAAAAGGGACGACGGCCUCACGAACGGUACGCCCUCCUAUAAUGUGGCCACGCCCUCACCAGCUGAGGGAGGAACGUACUUGCAACCCGUGUCUGGCCGGCCGUCUGGCCCUGGUGCGGCAGCCCAUCUCGGGGGAUACCCGCCCUGCUGGUGCUCAGAUCCCGGUACGAUGGGUGCCAUGGGAACAAUGGGAACAAUGGGAAGUCAGGCUGCUGGGAAUCAGGGUCUUGCUCCUCUGUUUGAAUUGAAUCAUGCUCCGUAUUGCACUCAACCCCGUCCACUGCCAUAUCAGUCGGCUUCUUCGGUCUCAACUCAGAAUUUCGGCUUUCCAACACCUGUUUUCGAUGCGCCUUAUGUACAGGCUCUAUACAAUUCUUUUUGGCCGUACGGUUCGGGUCCUUGGUACGGCCAGGUUCCUUAUAGCCAUGCUUAUGCAGCCCCGGGAGCCAGCGACUACUAUUUCAACACCCUCCCUAGCUAUGGCGGCAACCCUGGUGCCCUCCACGACUGGAAUUACAGCGACCUUUCUCUGCCAGAACUUCUUCAAGUCUCCGACCACGAUACGGCUGCCGAGAGCCUCAAGGCCGAGAAGUAUCCGUCGCCUGCUGCCACUGCCAUCGACAUGGUUCCCAGCACCAAAAAUGGGACGGGAGACAAGGAUGGGAGCAAAGUAAGCGACGAGGAUAAAGAAAACGGCGUCAAUGGGCAUUCCGAUCCGCUUUUGGAGAAGGUCGAUGAGCUUAUCGGUGGGGCCUUCGAGGGGGCUUUCCGCAGGAAGUUCAGUCUGUCCGUCGACGAGGGCUACGACAGCGAGGGGAUCAUCGUGAAGUGUAUCGAAUAUAAGAAUCGCGACGAGGAAGACGAUGUGACAAUCGUUUAUGACGACAACGAGGUAAAUGGACGGCGGUUCGUUGGCAAAGAUAGGGAGUUGCUCUUUUCGGGAAGGUGGAGAGCUCAGCCCAGGCUCAACGAAGGCUUAUUCCCCUAGAAAGCAAGGACAUUGGUUGAGUCAAGUGCUGUCUCUUCCAUCUCGGAGUUGCCAUGUAAUUUUCUAGUUUAAGUGUUGGUGGCGUCGCCAGAAUAUGGAGGGGGCAAUAGACGGCGUGUGUUUGCUGUCUGAUUCCAAACUCUCUCUUGCUGUUCCCCUGGAUUCCCAUCUGUGACUCAAUGAGCGUUUCUAGGUGGUGUGUGAAUUGCAAAC